AUGAGCUCAACGAAUCCGUCGGCAGUCUCCGACGAUCGACAGGAGAGGUUGACAUAUGAACCCUUACAAGGAGCCAGGGAUAUAAGGUUGGUUCGGAUCUUACCUAGGGCCAAUGUCCCCCAUGGCUUCGACCUUGAACUAUCAACUACUUCCUUAGACGAUCCCAUUCCGUACGUUGCGCUGUCAUACACGUGGGAAGCCGCAGAGCUGGAUCCCGAGACAGGAGCAAGUGCACCUCCAUUGGAGUUCGAAGUUGGAUGCCACGAUGGCUACAUCACGGUGACGGAGAACCUAUUCGAUUUCUUUCAGCGCGCCCGACAAACCGUGGAUGCCUCGAAGAUAUACUACUGGAUCGAUCAAAUCUCCAUCAACCAGGCAGACCCCGUGGAGCGGUCGCGCCAAGUCGCGAUGAUGGGCAGCAUCUACAAGGCAUCUGGUAGCGUCCACAUAUGGCUAGGCAAGAACAACCCGUCGCCACAGUUCCUCUGGGUAUAUAAGUCUUUCAUUCCUCUCAUCCUUCGGCUUGACUCCGAACUUAGAGAACAAGGGAUAUCUCUCGACUCAAAUAGCUGGGACUGCAGCACCUCUGAACUGAUAGAAGGUCUCGGCGCCGAAGUAUGCCAGAAGUGGCGAGAAAGUCGUGAAGCGUUCUUCUGGUUCUUUUAUACUCGCCGCUGGUUCCUCCGUGCUUGGAUUCUGCAGGAGGUUACACUCAAAGACCCGAGCCUAGUUCACGCCUCGUGCGGGGAAGAAGAGUUCGAAUGGGAAGUGUUUGACACAUUCACCCGAUUUGUGGAACGAAGCUCGUGGCAUCAUUCCCUACCGUUUCUGUAUGUUACUUGGGCAGAAAAGUUCCUGGGGCCCAUGGUACCACUUUCGAACCUUUUGAAGAGUCGACGCUACAUCGACAUGCAAGUUCGUGGAGGAACUGAGCUUGAGAAUUGGAAAGCCAACUUCGUCUGGGAUAUCGGCCCUCAGGAUGAGCGCCAGAUCUGGUAUUCUAUUUUCCUUCACUUUCUCAGGACCACACGAUUCAUGUCCGCUACGAAUCCAAGAGACCACAUCUACUCUCUGCUCGGUAUGAUGGCAGAAUUCCUUCCGCUGGGCAUGGAGUGCCCCGUUUCCCCGGACUACGAAGCCCCCGUUGUGAGCGUCUUUAAGGACGUCGCUACGCAAAUUUUCAUUAAUACUCCUUCGUUGUAUCUUUUGUCAACGGUAUCGUAUGGGCUUUGCAACGGCGAAAUGUCUAACCCGGGUGAAAGAGUUGGUUGGCCAUCCUGGGUUCCUGACUUUUCGAAUGAGACUGGAUUCGCCCCGAGCCUGUCUACCACCGUAUACAUGGUUAGCAAUGGAGAGAAGCGCUACAAUGCAUCAAAAAUCGAUGUGACAGAGUAUCAGCCCCCAACCGUUCGCGAUGAUAUUCUCACAGUAUAUGGCGCUCAAAUCGGCACCAUUGGGAAGCGCAAUGACCGGCGCCGAGUUGUGAGUGGGUCGGAGAACUUGCCCUUCUUGUGUUUCAUCCUAGAUCUUUGCACCAGAGGAGAGACCAAGUACCCAAACUCAAACCAAACGUGGAUCGAAGCGGUAUGGGGUACAAUCAUGGUAGAUUGCAUACCUGCUAGCUGGGAUACUCCACCACCAGUACUUUUCAGGUCGUGGUUACUUCAACACCUCGUACGUGCCAUAAAGUUCAAGGGCCGGUACGAUGGCGGACCACCCUAUCUUGAGAGCGCUAUGAUAGCAGCGGGCUUGCUUGAACGCAUAUCUAAAGAUCCAUACCUCUCCUCGGUUCUACCAACGUGGGAGGAGGUCACACAUAAAGCAGCUGGUCACGUUGACCAAGAUCAUGUAGAGAAACAUCCAUUUGAGCUGCUCGCUUGCGAAUCAAUCUUAACUAGUCGGUGGUAUCUGACGACCAGUGGGUAUCUUGGAUCUGGUCCAGUCUCCCUCAUCGAGGGUGACGAGGUUUGGUUGCUCAAAGGAGGGAAGAUGCCAUUAAUUCUUCGCAAAGCCACCGAUAAGCAGUAUCUGCUAGUUGGAGAGAGCUAUCUGCAUGGGGCGAUGUAUGGUGAGUUGAUGACUGAGGACCUUAUUAGCCGAAUGGGUCCUGUUGAAAUUAUGUGA